AUGCUUUUAUUUCUCUAAUUCUAUAUUGUCUCUUCCAUGUAUCCAGUUUCCUAUAUACAUGAACGUCCUUACUUGAGUUUAGACUCAGACCUCAAAGUUCAACUAAAAUUAGAUGAAAUUUUGUCUGAAUUCUUACAAAGACAUUCAUAGAAUGAUCGAUGUCCAGAUUACGAAUAUAAUGAAUGUUAUGAAGAAGUUUAUUAAAAUGGACAAAGAACAAAAAUUAAACUAGAAAAAGAAACCUUCAAUGUUUAUGAUAUUCAAACUGAAUAAGAUAUGUCUCAAACAAUCAUUUACUCUGAUUAAUAAUUAUAGGAAGAUCAAAAUAAAGUGAGUUUCCUUGCUCUAGCUCCAUUUUAGAAUCAUCAAAAUACCUUUUAUUAGAAUGGAUUUAGUUUGUGUCUAUCUGAAUCUGAAGGGUAUAUAAUAACAGAUUUCAAUUCAAUAUCUUAGGAAAAUGAACCUUUAAAUACUGAGGGAGUAUUUAAUAAAUUAAAAGAGGAAAAAUAUACAACAUAUAGUCUUCAUCUUUAAAAUAUGGAGAUUGCUUUAAAGGUUUAUGAUAUUUCAUCAUAUCCUAUCUAUAUUGUUUCUGAUGAUUUGGUUUCAAUUCCAAAAGAAAUCUUUCCCCAAAAAUAUUUUUAAUCUAAAGGCUUUGUCCUUGAUCAAACAAGUGGUUUCUAUUAUAGAGAUAAUAAAGAUAAAUCAGAAAAUGAUAUGGAUUCUCUAUUAUUGUAUAAUAAUGCCAAUCAAGACAAUCCUUUAAUAAUCAAUCCUUCUAAUUAUAUUAUACAUGAUGAGAAUGGUUAAGAUAUAUUAAAGAUAUAUUCAGAUGAAUAAUAUAAAGAUGCUAUUAUAUUAGGAUUACCAUUCUUGAAAAACAAAAUAUUUAAUGUUCAAACUUAAGAAAAUUAUUUAUAUAUAAAAUAACUCACAAAAAAUCUAUGUAUUCAAGAUGACAAAUAAUCAAUUGGAGUUCUUGAAAUAAUAUUUAUUGUACUCUAAAUGAUUUUACUUCCAUUUUUAGUUUAUUUCACCUUCAAAAAAUUAAGAUAACAUGAAUAAUAGAAAUAAUAGUAAAGAUAAGCUCAAUAAUUCAUAACUGAAUUACAAUGA